GUUCUCAUUUUGGAGAUGAACGCACGUCGCCCGCGGCUAAGUCGAGAGGCGGCUUUAUUUUAUGACUAUGACAGUGUGAAGCGAAGUCAGCUGGAAAUUGCGAAUAAUAGGCCGGGCACCAAUGUGGCCAGAGCGAUUUCCACGUACAAUGAAACUCCGAGCUUAUCCUCGCUGAUCAUGGUGUUGGAAGAGAUAUCAAAAAAUACGGAUUUCUCCACCGAUUUGCGUCUCUCCGUCAGCUACUAUAUGGAUGAGUUUUUGCGACAAAUCGAUUGUCCAACGGUGCCGAGAAGAUCCAUUAUUGCAGCUGCCGGCAACGUGUUGCAAUAUUGCGGUAAAAUCUAUGGAGAUCGUGUAGAGUUCGUGCACCAAAAAGUGGAGAAUCAGAUUGAGGCACUAAUUUAUGCAGAUCCCAAAAAGGUGGAGAAUGGAAACAAUAACGGCAAUGUUGACGAGUCUAAAAAACCCGAUGAAACGCGUAAGCGCCGCACAAAGAAAUUGGCUCAGAAGGACUUCGAUCCAUUCAGUUUUCAAAUGGAACCGAAAAAGUUCAAAACCCUUUCCGAGGAGAAGCACUUUAGUCGUACCGGGUUUGAGACGAAUAAAAAUCGAAAUCGUACCAUUGAACACAUGUAUCAGGAUCAUACGCCGAGCAGGCUGUGGGAACAUGAACCUAUAAUAGACCCAGAUAAUCCCUAUGAAAGGGAUGAUAAAAAGAAUUAUAAGUUAUUUACCUAUCAUCCAGAGCCUAGAUAUAAUACCCUUUUACCAGAUAUUCCAUUCGAACGCCUCAAUUUGAUUAAAGAAUUUGUGAAUACGAAUCAGAUGGAUGUGUCGGAUACUUUACAUGAGAAUCUCUCAAACAAAGAGUACCUGGAUGAGUAUAUCGCAUUGGAAAAUAAAAUGCUUGCUUCGCGUUAUGGCGAAACAACUGGACGAAAAGCUGCCAUGGAUGACGUAUUUAAUAGGGCUUCCAAGCGAUUGCACGAAAAUGCAGAGUUGUUGUCAGUUUUGGAAGACAUCGAAGAGCCGUCGCCUAAACGAAGAUACACCGAGGAUGCUAAUGAGAAGCUGAAGGAUAAAAUGGUCUUCAUUAUGAUAAAAGUCCAAUCGAAGAGCAGUCCGCCCUUAAUAAUACUCUGGGAAAGUAACGAAUCCUGUGGAUUACUCGUCUUGGAAGAGUCGUCGCAACAACCAAAAGAUUUAUCCGAAUUAAAUCUGACUGAACCUGACAAGAAAGAGCCUGAUAGCAUCGAUUUCCUGCAGAUGGAUUCGGGUAUUGGCAUGGAGGAUGUGAGCGAUUUUCCAUCAGCAGAAUGUUGUGCAGCUCAAUCUUUUGAUGACGAGGGUGUUGUUCUUACAGAUAACAUUGAUGAGCAGCGUCUGCAAUCGCUAUCGCCCAAGGUUAUGGUACAUGACAUCUUGCCGGGUGUGCCCGAUAAAGCCAACCUAAGCGUACGCGUCGAUGCUGAAAUGCUCGCCCUCAGUGGUAUCAAUGAACAGCUUGAGGAAAUUGUCGAUGUGCCACGCGAUGUUCGCUAUCCCAUUGUGAACAACAUCUUUGGGCUGCCAGUGAAUAGACUCAGACGAGAAUGCAUAUUUAAGCUAGGCAAAGAAUACGAUCUGUUCAAGAAAUCGCGUUUGCCAAAUAAGCGAGUUGUUGAGCCGAGAAAACCUGCAGCAACUAGAGCGCUUAAUAACUCCCCUACAGCAGAUUCAACAUCUAACGAUGAUAGUCCCUUAGAUUGGCCCUUGGAUCGAAUGGAAUUUGAUAAGGACCAGAACUUUAAAGGGUUCAGACGACCUACGUAUGACUCUGGUAUCGAUCAAGAGGAGCUAAGAGCAGAGUCAACUCAUAUUGCAUCGGAUGCAAAUAGUAUUGUUGAUGUGGAAACUGAAGAUCAGCCGGAUUUGACACCAUUGGAUGUUGAGCAGCUCACGGAAGACGUUCAACAAGUUAGAGUAGCGCAAGAGCUUCUUGACAAACCGCAAUCUGAUAUGUUAGAAGGAGUAAUAGCAUUGGAGACAACAGUGGAAGAAAAUAAGCCGAUUGAUGUUUUGCCAGAAAUCGAAGAGAACAAGUCAACACUUCUUUUAGAGGAUAAUGAAUGCGACAUGUCAGCAACAGCCAUGGAUAUUGACGACUGCGAACCAGGCAUGGAUACAUUAGAUGAGGAUCUAAACGAUGAAAGCAUAAACCUUAACAAAGAAUCAACCAGCAUAGAUGCGAUUACCAAUGCUAAGAUUAACGACUGGCAUCGGCGACUAGGGCCCAUAUUGGAUGCGGCGCAUGAACGACAAAACUUUAGUAUUCAGGCUCUGAGCGAUGAGGUUAUCACAAAGUGUCAGGAGCAGGAUGGAGAAGCUACACUGGCCGAUGUGAUGGCCGAUAAAGAUGAAACGGAACUAUGUCGCUAUAUGCUAUCAUCACUAUUACUAACAAACCAGGGAAAUGUCGCGCUCAAAAUUGACAAGCGGGACAAAAGUAAGCCGAUUGAAGCAAAGGAUUUUAAAAUGCUAUUGCUUAGUACUGAGAGAAGACAACUCAAUCCAGAGGAUGAUAUUGGAAACGUGCGCAGCAGUAAUGCAAAGACAACACCUAUGGUGACAGCAACAACAUCUUCUCCAAUCGUUAAAUCGAAGCGAGGCCGAUGCAAUGACGGCGGGCAAAACGUAAAUGUAAAGACAGUGCGACUUAUAAAACCUAUACCCAAGGCGCACAUGCGUCCAGAAGAUGCUGACUCUGGCAUAUCAUCUUUGCCAACAUCAGCAUCAUAUACCAAUGACACGUAGCAUGAACUGUACCAGUAGAAUGUGCUGCAGAUCAUGUGUGUGUCAGUGUGUGUAAAAUGUGUGCCUCAACGUUUUGUUCAAUGUGUAGUUGUGUUUCGACUUAAGUGACGUUCGUAGAACAAUGUAUAUCAGUUUUUAAGGAUUCUCGUCCAGUAUAGUAGCAAUAGCCAUAUCUGGUGAAGCAGUUAGAUUUUGUAAAAUCCAUUUUAAGUUUGCUAAUCUCAUGAAUUAUUCAUUACAGCCACACUUUUUACAGACUUACGUCAAAAUUAAGCGACUUCCAUGGCCGCUCCAUUGACAAAAGCAACAAUGCUAUACAACCCCAUCAAAAAAACAUUUAAUUUUCCUUAUUUUCCGUAUACCUUUACUUGACAAAAUGUACAAAUUUAAUUUUUAAGUUUUUUUUUUUGUUCACAUGCAAUUUUAGUUUUAACUUGGACAGUUUUUAGAGUAUCCGUAGUGUUUAAACCUAAAUUGAAGCAGUAUUAUUUGAGCUCGAUUUCCUUAAGCUUGAAAUGAGGACGCAUUUUCUUAAUUUACACUUUUCCAUUAUUUUCUAUGCUUUCAUUAAUUUUUGAGUUUUUUAUUUAAGUUUUCAAUAUUUUUGAUUUAUUUUCAUAUCAUUUCUCACUUGAUUUAUUCAUUUUCAUUUGAUUUAAUUUUUCAUUUUGUCUUUUCAUUAUCACUUAUUAACCAUUUUUUUUUUUUUAUUUUCUUCAUUUAACCAAAUCAUAAUGCGCAUAUUUACAAAUUUUUCAGAAACGUACUCGUUAAAAUCAAGAAUUCAUUUAUCAAGAAUCACAGAACACAUAUUUUGGAAAUCGCUUUGAGCUGGUAGUACGAAAAAUAAAAGUACCUGAUCUC